UAGUUACCAAAUGCGUACGUGGAAACUAGAUUCCCCCUGCCCCCCUGUGAGCACUGGACAUUGUACAAAGGGUCUUGAUUCCCUGCCUGGCUUUUCUGAGCUGAGCACCGCUUGGGGGAGGGAGACUGGCGUGUCCCUUGCUGGGAUGGACCGGCCUGGCCUCAGGUCCACCCCAUCAGCAGCUCUGGUGAGCCUGGAUCAGUUUCCAGGUGUUAACUCUGCCACUCAGCCUUCCGGGAUUUUGCGUCUAUUGGGCCUCUGUCCCCUACAGGGGCAUCGCAAGAGGCAGGCGCGCCUCAAGAUGGGAUUUUUCGCGAGUCCUGCAGAAAACCUUUGGCUCCCUGGCCAGAGUUCUCAGGAUUCGCAGCUUGACCUCGGGGAUGGCUGAUCUGAGACCCCUGGAUGGCGCUGUCCGCCACGUCCGCACGCGUCACUCCGCUCCCGGACUCGGAGGGCACAGCCAACGCGCGAACUACCCACAGGGAUUCCCGCCGCUAGUCCCUGCCUGCGCCCAGCUCCACGGAAGGGGGAGAGGGGAAUUUCGGGGGCGACCAGGGGCUCGUUUUUUCUAACGCAUCCAUACAGGGCUGAACGAUCUCAUCCCCACUCUCCGGGGGGGCGGCCGGCUGGGACGCGGACGCACUUCCGAGCAGCCCCGAGCCUUCCCACUCUUCCACGCGACCCCUGCAGGUUGCGCUAGGCGGGGCUCGGCUUCUCCGCGACUGCCACCCGCCUUGCUGGGGGGUGGGCUGGGGGAGCGGAAGGGACGCCCAGAACCGAGCGGGAGUAAAGUUUCUCGCGGGCCUUGACCUUGUUCUUUGGCUAUGGCGACAGCUCACAUCGAUCGGGGUCUCUGCGGACCCGGGCAUUGGGCUCACUGAAGCCCACUGCGCCUCGAGACUUCUCUACGUCGAGGUGCUCAUGCCCGAAGGCUGGCAGUAACUGGAAAGCUUAGCAGCCUCCUCCAUUGGCCCAGGAAGCCCACCCUGCCCUAUCACACAGAGCACAGAAAGGGAGCCCCAUGCCUGAGCCGAGGGGAGCACCAUGGAUCUGACAAAAAUGGGCAUGAUCCAGCUGCAGAACCCCAGCCACCCUACAGGGCUGCUGUGCAAGGCCAACCAGAUGCGGCUGGCUGGGACUUUGUGUGAUGUGGUCAUCAUGGUGGAUAGCCAGGAAUUUCACGCCCACCGGACAGUGCUGGCCUGCACCAGCAAGAUGUUUGAGAUCCUCUUUCACCGUAACAGCCAGCACUAUACCCUGGACUUCCUCUCGCCAAAGACCUUCCAGCAGAUUCUGGAGUAUGCAUAUACCGCCACGCUGCAAGCCAAGGCAGAGGACCUGGAUGACUUGCUGUACGCUGCCGAGAUCCUGGAGAUCGAGUACCUGGAGGAGCAGUGCCUAAAGAUCCUGGAGACCAUCCAGGCCUCAGAUGACAAUGACACAGAGGCCACCAUGGCUGACGGCGGGGCUGAGGAAGAAGAGGACCGGAAGGCUCGGUACCUCAAGAACAUCUUCCUCUCAAAGCAUUCCAGCGAAGAGAGUGGGUAUGCCAGUGUGGCUGGACAGAGCCUUCCUGGGCCCAUGGUGGACCAGAGCCCUUCAGUUUCUGCCUCAUUUGGUCUGUCGGCCAUGAGUCCCACCAAGGCUGCAGUGGACAGCUUGAUGACCAUAGGACAGACUCUCCUGCAGGGAACUCUGCAGCCGCCUGCAGGGCCUGAAGAGGCAACACUGGCUGGGGGUGGCCGACACCCUGGGAUGGUUGAGGUAAAGACGGAGAUGAUGCAGGUGGAUGAGGUACCUGGCCAGAACAGCCCUGGGGUAGCUGAGUCCAACAUCUCAGGAGGGAUCGGGGACAAGGUGGAAGAAAGGGGAAAAGAGGGACCGGGGACGCCGACUCGGAGCAGUGUCAUCACUAGUGCUAGGGAGCUGCACUAUGGACGAGAGGAGAGUGCUGAACAGCUGCCACCAUUGGCUGAGGCUGGCCAGGGUCCCCCCGGCCGGCCAGAGCUUCCAGUCCCCCCAGCAGAGAAACAUUUGGGCAUCUACUCCGUGUUGCCCAACCACAAGGCCGAUGCUGUGUUGAGCAUGCCGUCUUCAGUGACCGCUGGCUUGCACGUGCAGCCUGCCCUGGCUGUCUCAAUGGACUUUAGCACCUACGGGGGCCUGCUGCCCCAGGGCUUCAUCCAGAGGGAGCUCUUCAGCAAGCUGGGUGAGCUGGCGGUGGGCAUGAAGUCAGAGAGCCGGCCCCUUGGGGAGCAGUGCAGCGUGUGCGGGGUGGAGCUUCCUGACAACGAGGCUGUGGAGCAGCACAGGAAGCUGCACAGUGGGAUGAAGACGUACGGGUGCGAGCUCUGCGGAAAGCGAUUCCUGGAUAGCUUGCGACUGAGGAUGCACUUGCUGGCUCACUCAGCGGGUGCCAAAGCCUUCGUCUGUGACCAGUGUGGUGCGCAGUUCUCGAAGGAGGAUGCCCUGGAGACGCACAGGCAGACCCACACUGGCACGGACAUGGCUGUCUUCUGCCUGCUGUGUGGGAAACGCUUCCAGGCGCAGAGUGCGCUGCAGCAGCACAUGGAGGUCCACGCGGGUGUGCGCAGCUAUAUCUGCAGCGAGUGCAACCGCACCUUCCCCAGCCACACCGCGCUCAAGCGUCACCUGCGCUCGCACACAGGUGACCACCCGUAUGAGUGCGAAUUCUGUGGCAGUUGCUUCCGGGAUGAGAGCACACUCAAGAGCCACAAGCGCAUCCAUACCGGGGAGAAACCCUAUGAGUGCAACGGCUGUGGCAAGAAGUUUAGCCUCAAACACCAGCUGGAGACGCACUAUCGGGUGCACACAGGUGAGAAGCCUUUUGAGUGCAAGCUGUGCCACCAGCGCUCCCGGGACUACUCCGCCAUGAUUAAGCACCUGCGAACACACAAUGGUGCCUCGCCCUACCAGUGCACCAUCUGCACCGAGUACUGCCCCAGCCUCUCCUCCAUGCAGAAGCACAUGAAGGGCCACAAGCCCGAGGAAAUCCCGCCCGACUGGAGGAUAGAGAAGACGUAUCUCUACCUGUGCUAUGUGUGAGGGGAGGCCUACUCAGCGGAGCAGGAGCAGCCGCCAGGGGAGACGAGUUAGAGUGAGAUAAAGUCGAGGGAGGACUGUGCAAAGAAAAAAACGAUAAAAAGAUAAAAAGAAAAUGAGAGAGAAGGAAAAGGAAACCUCCUAACUCUUUGGUGUUUGAUUCUCUCUAGGGCUCCAGGUGACCUGGGUGCCAAGCCGCUGUCUUUUCCCAGGGGGCCUCUGCCCUCUGUGGAGGCUGGAGACUUGCUUGGUUUUUAUGGGUGGGUAGAGGUGAUUUUGUUCACUUCCACGGCGGCGUGUUUUUCUCUUCCUCCUGCCCAGACCCUCCGUCUGUGUCUAGAAGCGGAUGCUGGGAAAUGAGUGGGAGAGCCUCUGGUCGGAGCACACCUUCUGCCGCCCUCCUCCCAUUGUCAGAGGAUGGAGGGAGGGAAGCAGAGAGGGGGGUGGCAGAGGAUGUAAAGGCCCGGCUGAUGCCCACAAUGGCAGCUCUGGUUUGCUGGGGACAGUGGGAGCGGUGCUGUCUUUCCACUUUGCAGUCAUCUGUCGCUUGCCUCUGCCCUGCUGCAGCUGGGUGUCCCUUCAGGUCUUUGAGAGCCACUUAGCUCUUCCCUCCCUGGCUGCUUGCUCCUUUGGGCCGCUGUCCUCCAGGUCCCUGGAGCUGUGGGCCCCUUCGGGAUCUGGGUGACAUUUCCUUCCUCCUCUGGUCCCUGGUGGUGUGACCCAUCCAGAGCCCCUUCUUCCGCUUUGCUUUCUGAGUACACAGAACAAAACAUCUCGGACACCCCCUGGGGCCAAGCCCACCUUGAGCAAGAUUCCUGCUGUGCUGUUUUCUGUUUCCAGGAUAGAAAACCGUAACAACUAAAUAUGUUAGAUCCCAACAGCCAAACAAACACGGACCCCUGCAACCCUGUGUCAGCCCCUAGAGAAAGGAAUCUGUGGAAGGGCUCAUUGUCCAAGGGAAGGAUAUGGAUGACCUUCUUAGAGGUGCCCUGCACCUGGAGGCGGGAACAGAUACCCUGCCCUGUUGGGAGAGCUGACCAGGGAAGACGUUGCUGUCCUACUUGGGGACCCUUCCAUCGUGAGGCUUGGGGAACCCCAGACCCAGCGAGCGCAGCAGGAAAACCCAGGUCCAGACAGCAGUGUAGGGUUGCUGGCUUACAGGUGUCCCUGCCCACAUGGGGGAGGAGGAAGAGGAAGAGAAGCUGAAAGUGCAUUGGCCUUGUGUAUGUUUUGCUUCUGUUCUGUGUCCCCUGUUAGCACAUUGUACUUGAAUUACCUCAGUUUUUUUGUGACCUCAUGAGCUUUUUAACCCUCUUUUUUGUUUGUUUGUUUGUUUAUUUGUUGGGGGGUGGAGGAACGGGGAGGGUGUUCUGUUGUUUUUUGUGUAAAUUAAUAGCUGGCUUUAGACUUCAGCUGGCCAAGGCCCUGCCGUCACCCUGGUCACCAGCCUCAGGAGCUGGCAGGAGGAGUGUAAUACUCAGGAUUUACGCAUGAAGGUGCGGGGUGGGGGGAUGCAGAAGGGAGGGUAUGUUAGGGUCUUACUGUCCCCCCCAAGGCACUCAGGAGCCACUGUUGGUUCUGCCCAGGGCUCGAACCAUCCAUGUCAGUAUUCAUUCAGCCUGAACCACUCUGGAGAUGGCGCCCACCGUCUUUACAACCUGCUGGGCCCUUCAGGCCUGAGCCUCAGUUGCUCUGCUCCUACCGAGUGUGGUGCCGCUGUGUGCACGCUCAUUGCCAAAAAUGGUGUCUUUGUGGCUGGCGGGGGUGACCCAGCCUUGGUUUUGUGGUGUUGGGGGUCGGUGUUAUUUUUCUAAAGCUACCUCUUCUGUUUGUCCCCUUGCUCUUCGUUCUUCCCAAGCCUCCCCUCUGCUGCUCCUCAGCUCCACGUUUCCCUAAUCCUGCCUCCCCUCUGUUGCUCAGCUCCCCGAUUCCCUAAUCCCACCUCCCUUGAGUUUAGGAAAGCACAUUCGUGAUACCUGUGUUGGCUUUGGGGUGGGCCCUGUGUUUCAUCUCGUGCUUUAUAAAAGUGUAAAAGUUGCUUUCUUUCCUUUUUCUUUCAGAAAGUUGUGGCUGCAUUGUGAUCUUAGGUGUUUAAAAAGUGGUUUAGGAAGCGGUUUCCAGGAGAAGGGCAAUGAGGUGUCUUGGGAAGCUGGAGGGACGGGGCCACCCUCCUGUCCCCUGGCCCCAGACCCUUCUGCCUGACCCUUCAAUCUUGUCCACCAAAUCUGAAGGCCUUAAAAAGUAUGUGUUGGGGGAUGUGCACUAGGGGUGCGGUGUCACUGAAUGGUCAGUUAGGGAUGACACAGUAGUCAGGGGGAUGCUAUUUUGCAACUAUAAUAAUGACUUAGUGCUUUGGGCAGGAAAAAGUUAAACUUGAAUUGUGUGAUGAGGGCAGUUGUCAUGUUCAUAAUGUGAAAGGAGUGAGGUUCGGGGGGACAGGUAGCCUGUAAGAAACCACGCUGCACUGUGGCUUCCUCCCCCAAGUCUGUCAGGGGACCUGAAAUCCCAGAAAACAGUAUUUCUAACAGCAAGAUGUCUCAGCAUUGGUGGGGAAGGAGAAAAAAAAAUGAAACUACUCUGUAGAGAGAUUCUAGCUGGCCCUCGCUUCCCCCUUCCCACUCAGCCUGGUCCCCUCACGUCUAAGAGCUGAGAAGGUGGAGCUAAUCUUUACAAAUUGUAAUAUUUUUGUAGUUGUUUGUUAGUUGCUUUGUCCGUUCUACAGGACCUUGCUGUUUCCUUUUGUAAUGUGAAUAGGAAAAUGAAAGAAAAAGACAAAAAAAAGUUUUGCCACCAUCACAGCCAACGACAAAUUAUCGUUGUGUGUGUGUGUGUGUGUGUGUGUGUGUGUGUGCUCUGUGUAUGAUAGUGUGUUAAAUCAUGAGGUAUUUUGUCAUGUGAUGUCGCAGUGUUGGAUGGUACUAACCCAGCAUCUGCCUGGUGCACCCAGCCUGGGGGGCUCUGCAGAGCCAAUAGGGGUCUCAAGGGACACCAGAAGGGUACCUCUGUACUUGCUGUGUUCUUUGAGGCCCCAGACACCCCAAUGUGCGCUUCUUCUCUACUUUCCUGCCCAAAAAGACCACACUGUCCUCUAGUCGCCAAGACUUUUCUGGGGCACGGGGGCAGGAUAGGAAGCUGCGUGGAGCACAAGCUUGUGGAGACCAGGUGUGUGGAGGGGCCCCGGUGCCAGCCGAGCAGGGAGCGUUUGCCUGGCUCCCGUCUGCUGCCCCGCUGCUGUGCACCUGCAGGAUCCCCGCUUGCUACUGCCUUAUCCUGAGCAGUGACCCUCCUCCAGCCCGGAGUGUCCCUUUCCCGUGUCCAGCUCCUACGAAUGUGUCCCUUAAUGCCUUUGGCGACACUUCCCUGUCACUCAUGCCCUCCUUCCCUAUUACUCCUUCGCUCAUUCAAAGCAUAAAAAUCCUAUGUGUAUAUAGGAUAGAUAAAUAUAUAUAUAUAGAGAGAUAUAUAUAGCAAGAGAGAUAUAAAUAGUAAAUAUCAUUGCUGCUUUGGGUUGCUUUGGAGGAGGCCACGAAUAUGAGGAAGGCAGAUUUGGGGCGCAGGGGUGGGGUGGGAGGCUGGGGACCCAGUGAUUCAGUACAAUCUAGGGGUACAACAGGGGCUUGUUUAAUCCUUGUGCCUGAACAGUUUUUCCAUGUUGAGAAAAAAAAAGGCUGCAUUUUUUCACAAGUGUAUGGUACCUUUCUGGAUGCUAUGUCUGGGUACAUGGGCUGUGGGAAGAGGGAGAGCCUCAAGCACCUCCUGAGUGGGGAGGGGCAGGGUGGCUUUGGACCAGCUCUCCUGCAAGCUGAACUAGGUGGGAACGGGGUAGGGUGGGGGUGGGGGAGAACACGACACUGAGGAGCAGAAGAGGUACAUCCCCUUGGUUCGUUUUUCCUAGGCCUCUUUUAACGCCCUCUUCCCCCCUCCCAUCUCGUCUCCUCCCCUGGAGUUUCUCUGGCUUGGCUGGAAUGGUGGCACUUACCUGGAGAUUUCAGUGGGAGGACAGGCUGCGGGACUCACCCCUCACGGGGAACUGGCAGGUGGCAGCAGCAGUAGAGAUGGCCGAGGGAGGGGUACAGGACAAACUUACAGAGGCUGGGUCAGGGGAAGGGGUGGGGAAAAGAGAAACACUGCCCGCAGGCCUGCCAGCCUCCCCAUCCCUUGGCGGCCCCCCCUGCAGACAGGGUCCUGGCCUCCCAGUGUGUAUCAUAGUGUUCGUUCACAUAGUGUUAUGCAUGAUGCUCGUAAGGUUAAGAAGCCGUGGUGGUGCGCCAUGCCAUCGCCCAUAUAUAUAAAGAUAAAAAUAUAUAUAUAUAUAUAUGUAAGUUAUAGCACUGGGGGCCCUGGUGCCCUGCUGGACCAAGCAAAACUAAGCCUUUUGGUUUGGGUAUUAUGUUUUGUUCCGUUUGUUUUUGUGGCUUGUCUUACGUCGUGACAGCACAAGUGCCAGUCUGAUUGCUCUGUAUUACAGAAUAGUGUUUUUAAUUCAUCAAUGUUCUAGUUAAUGUCUACCUCAGCACCUCCUCUUAGCCUAAUUUUAGGAGGUUGCCCAAUUUUGUUUCUCCAAUUUUACUGGUUACUUUUUUGUACAAAUCAACCUGUCAAUCCUUCUCCUUGUCCUCCCUCUUCUCUCCCCCAUCCAUCUCCCUCCUCUUCCCUUCCCCUUCCCUCCAUCUCACUCUCCCCUCCCCCUUCUCUCCCCCUUCCUCCCCCCUUCCCUCCAUAUCUGUCCUCUUCCCAGUCCUGUUCCUUUCCUCGCUCCCCUCCUCUCUUGCUGGCCUUCCCUUCCUCCCCUCUUCUCUUGUCCCCCAAGUUGUGCUUGCCACUUCUUUCUGUUCUCUGAAGCAGUUCACUCAAAGUUGUGCGUCCCGGUUGCAGCUUUGCGCCUCUGCCUUUGUUUUGUGUAGAUUGAUGUGUUUCUUUGUAACUUCAGUGUUUCUGACAAGAUUUAAAAGAAAAAAGAAAAAAGAAAAAAAAAUGAAUUUACUGCUGCAGGUUUUUUUCUCUCUCCAUGUGUCACUAAGUGAAGUUUGUGCCUUCUAUAGCAAAGAGAAUAUUUUUUACAUCCUACUAACAGUAGAUUUUUUUGUAGUGAACAUUUUUUGUAUUUUUAUUUAUAAGUCUCAUAAGAAAAAUAGCAAUGUUCAGUUGUAUACCUUGAAUCUGCAGUUAGAAGAGAAUAAAGUUAAUUCAGUUGUCUCCGG